AUGGAUAAAGAUGACCGUAUACAGCUUAUGAAACAGAAGAUUCAAGCUCUUCAAAAACAGCGGGAGAAAAUUGAUACUGAUGGAUCUAUACCUUUCGUUUCGCAUAUCACUAAGGCAAUCAAUGUAAAUGAUAAUCCAGUACAGGCGGCAAAGACAACAGAAACAGUAAGCAUAUCAGUUCAAACAGAUGUAAUUGAAGAGACUGAUUCCAAACUGACUGAACCGUCAGUUAUAACCUAUGAUGUUGGAAUACAAACUGAUGAAUAUGAGGAUAACGAAAAUACGGACGCGCGUAACGUCAACAUACCUGUGGACAUAAUACCAGAGAAGCAGGAAGAGCAAGUACAAGUUAUUCAGCAAGAAGAAAAUAGACUACUAAAGUCUGAAGCUGCCGUUAUUAAUGAAAAAGAUAUGACUUUCAAGAAAGAGACUUUUUCUCUAAAAGAAUCCUUGGAAGCAACUCUUGAAACAUCGUUUAAACAAUUAAAUGAUGAUUUACAGUUCAAUUUGGUACAGAAAAUAGAGACAAAUAUUCCAAUUGGUGACGUUUCAAAUGUAUAUUCUGUUGAUAGCGAUAUUUUCGACAAUUUUCUAGUGAGUGUGAUUCACAUUGAAUCAAAAUAUGUGAAAAGUUCAUCGGUACAAGUAUCUCAUGUAUUAUCUGGAGAGGUAUUAGACACUGUUGUAUUUCAAGGUCAAAACAUUAUGAGAUGUAAAUUUAUACACAACUCAAAUUCAAAGAUAACCUCUAUUCUACUUACUUGCUAUACGGGAAAGAUCAUUCUGUAUGAAUUGCGUACAAUAAAGAUUAACGGGAACUUCAAAAUUGAGCGUAACAUUAUAUCUAAAAACUAUCACAAUUAUCCCGUGUUCUCAAUAAUACCCCAGAAAUUUAAUACACAUGCAGUGUUGCUAGCGAGCACUGACGGCCAGCUUAAAUCAGUUUCUACUCUAGAUUUGUCGUUAAAGUCAGAAAAUAAUAUUAAAAUUACUCCAUUGCCAAGAACGGACUUGCUCUAUUCAAAAGAAAAUACUGAUAAAGACACCAGAUAUAUGGACCAUCUGAUAACAAUGUCAUUGUAUGACGAACUAAGCAUUCUUUGUAUGUUAACCCUUCCAACAGACCCAUCAUUUAUAUAUCUUGGCUGUGAGGAUGGCUUUAUAUUCAAAAUCGGACCAUUACCUUUAAAGGCAGAUAAGAAAGCCAAUUACCAAAUCAGUAAAGAUAAUAAUGGAUUUUUACCAAUGAGCUUUCAGGCAGAUUAUGAAAAUGAUUCCUUGUUUCAUGAGGGCCCCGUUUUAGGGAUGUGUGCAUGUAAAGAUAUUGACGGAGUAUUCUUUUCGUAUUCUUUAGACGGUACUUGCAUUUUUUGGGACACAAUUAAUAAUAAACGGAUAGCUGUAAUUGAGAUGGAUGACACAAUAAUUUCAGGACACUGGAUAGAAAAUGAUGAUGCAUAUUUUGCUGGGUUACUGUCACCUUCUUCAUUACGUAUUUUUAAAGUGUUACCAAAAACCAAGGAAAAAGAAAACCUGCGGUUAUCUGACGAUAACUUUUCCCAAGUAAUAAAUAUUUCACCGAAUGACACUAGCCUCUCAGAAUUCAGAUCAGUUCAAUUCUUGACUAAAGACGAUACCCAUUUGGUAUUAUUGAGCGGUGAUGAUAACUCGGUUUAUUGCUACGUUAUUAAAGAUUUAAAUGUAUAA